UUCCAAUAAUUCAUACCUUUUUUUCAUUCAUCGUCUAGAAAGAGGAAAAAAAAGCGAAGAAAUUCUCAUCUCCACAAAAGAGAUACAAUUUCAAAGUUAGGGGCGACCUGAGAAUAUUUUAUAAGAACACAAAAAAUAUAUAAUGGCUGGAUCAAAGUCAAGUACUGUGGUUGUGUUUAUGGUCAUGAUGGUUGCAGCCAUGCAGAUGCAAACUUCCAUGGCUCAAACCAGACAUGUGGUUGGUGAUGCCUUGGGCUGGACCAUUCCUUCAAACGAUGCUGCCGCUUACACCACUUGGGCUUCUGGCAAGACCUUCACCGUUGGUGACACUCUUUUUUUUAACUUCACCACCGGUCUACAUGACGUGGCUGAAGUAGCGCAAGCGGCUUAUGGACCGUGCACGACCACCAACCCAAUCUCCACAACUACCACCGGCCCCGCCACCAUCACGUUGUCCACCGCCGGCACCCACUACUACAUUUGCACCUUCGGAACACAUUGCAGCAUUGGUCAAAAGGUGUCGGUCAAUGUCGUCUCCGCCGCCACCGCACCCACCCCACCACCAGCAGCCACCCCUCCACCGGCAGCCACCCCCACCAUCCCACCACCAACCGCAACCCCAACUCCGGCACCAGUGUCACCACCAACCACCACCCCAACUCCUGCCCCCGCCCCUGGCCCAUCCACCACCACCCCACCAUCCACCUCAUCUCCGGCACCGUCACCGGAAGCCACUAGCCCACCAGCACCACCCCCAGCCGGACUAUCUCCUUCAGGCAGCACCACCCCACCUCCAUCCGGUGACAACGCCCCUACUCCACCAUCACCCAGCUCCGCCGUCAGAUCAUUGGUUCCAGCUACUUUGUUGGUAGCAGUUUUUGCUUUGUUUCUUUAGAUUGAUUAUUUUUUGUUUGAUUAUUAAUUAGUUUGGAGAUAUUACACGACUGUGAGUGAUUUAUUUCUGGAUUUUUGUUAUAAUGUUUGUAAGGACAUAGAUUAUGUUUUUUGGUUUUAAAUGAUUCGUAUCAAUAAAUUUUUGCCUUAUGUUUUCA